CAGCUCUUGUCAUUUGCCACAUUUAGAUCACAGCGUCAAGCCGCAGUCGUCCACAUCCAAGUAAAGUCUCUUGCGCCCAAGCACCGAUUCAUAAAGCUUACGCAAACUCUUAGACCAGCUCUCUUUACACGGUGUGGACCAGGUUAUAAGAGACGAAGUCUGAUCUGCUAGUGUUAUAUCUAUCUAUCUAUAUAUAUAUAUCAUAUAAAUCUUUAUUGUGCCGUACUGUUGACAAAUGAGUCUGUGGAACAAACAAAACAGCUAAAUAUUUUUUUCAUGUGAUAGUAUGGGCUGAAAGGUGUGGGUUUUCAGCACGUGCUUCGUGCCAUGCGCGGAAACAAGCUGGUAGUCCUAGGGGCAGGGGGAGUAGGGAAGACCUCCCUGGUGGUCCAAUAUUUGGAAGGAUUCUUCUCCUCCAGCUAUAAACCCACAGUAGAGGAUUGCUAUAGACACACUAUUCAGAUGCCAGAUGGCAUCUUUCACACAGUAGAGAUUUUGGACACAGCAGGAUCUCACCAUUUCCCUGCUAUGAGAGAAUUAAGUAUCCGAUCCGGUCGGGGGUUUGUUAUUGUUUUUAGUGUAGACGACAAGCAGUCAUUCCAUGAAGUCACUGAAUUAUGGAACUUGAUAACAAAACUGAGAGGUUCUCAAGUACCCGUUAUAUUAGUGGGUAACAAAUCGGAUUUGAACAAAGAAAGAAAAGUAUCCGAAGCAGAAGCCCAAGAGAUAGCAAAGGACGUUAUGAACAAUUGUCGCUACAUCGAAACCAGCGCCAAGUACAACGUCAACGUAAGCCAGCUUUUCGUACAACUUUUGCUUCAAGCUAAAGCCAUGGAACAACCUCCGACUCCAGACCCAUCUAGCGGCCGGUAUUCGAAGCGACUGAGCAGAAGAUUAAGUUCUUUAAGCUCACUUACUGGACUUACGAUUCGACGAAAAUCUAGUGGACCCAAACUUUCUGAGGAAGCCGAGGUGAAACGGGAUGAUCAAAAAUGUGUGCUUCUGUAAAAAAAUAAAAAUAAGGUGUCGAUUCAUUAUAAUUGUACAAGCUUUCGUAUUGAGCUCUGAGUAAUUGAUAAUCGCCUGUCUAUAUUAUUUCAGAUAAGAGUUAUUUUCGUGUUUUAACAGACACACAUAUAUAUAUAUAUAUAUAUAAGAAAUUUAAUAAACACAAAGCUUUAACUGUGGCAAUAAAAAAUUAUUGCUUAAUCCUUUCGUUAUGUUGUGCCUUAGGGCCUUCUACAUGAUAUAUGUUUGUACGUAUACGUUGUACCGUAAAAUAUGCAGUAUAUGCUAACCUCCUUACUCUGUAUACCUCCCUAAACAGAUGUAUUUGUCUUGGAUACUCAAGUUUUCCAGUAGUUAUAUUACAUGUAGUGUAUAUCACGUGACUACCGCUUAUCUACAGCCCGAUAUCAUGCUUUCACAGAAAGUUUUAGGAUAAAUCUUGGGGCUUCUCCGACAUUCACUGUCUUAUUUCUGCAGCUGCAUACCGCUGUUUAGUGAUGAUAAACUUGAAAACACAUACCAAAGGUUUCAUUCCCUACCUACGAUCUUAAAAAAUUCAAAGCAGUGAAUUUUGAAGAAGUCCUAAGAAAUAUUAAUAGUAAGUUUUGAGUAAUGGAUACCUAUAAAGUGUACGCUAUAUGUACGUACACAAAGAUGAAUAAAGUAUGUAACUGAGAGUAGUAAGCCUAAAGAUUUUUAUAGGUAUUUUUUGAGCGCUACUAAAAUAUAGAUCAAUCUGAUGUCGUAAAACAAAGAAUUCUAUCCAGAAAUCAUAAACAACCUGGCUUGGGAACUAUGUAACAUGUAACAAAAUUACAAAAGAAAAACCCUCACGGGAAAUAAAAACUUCUGUUACGUCACAUCUGUAUGGUUUUUCAAGAUUUAAUGUUUACUAUGCGUAAAGCACAAAGUUUUUCUUUCUCUAACUGAUACAAAAUUCAGAUAAAACGUUUUGAUCGUAUGUUAAAAAAGGAGUUGAAAUUUGAACGAUAUUUUUCCAGUUAUUGAUAUUCCACAUCAAUAAUGAUUUAUUUUUUCAUGAAGAAUGAUUAGUUUGAUGUUCCAAUAAAAAAACAAAAAAAACAUUAUCCUCUCAGAUAUAAAUCUAACUAAAUUUGUAUUUAAGAUUGGAUAAUGUUAAGAUAUAAUGGUAACAGUCAAUUGUAGGAAUGAUACUUAUACAUCUGUCAUUAUAUUUUUUGAAUAUGUAUCCACAUAUAAAUGGCUUACUUUGAUAGCUAUUAUAAUACGAAAGAGGCUUAUGUAAUAUCCGUAGUGUAUGGAAAACGAAACAUGUAUUGCAACUGUCUGCGAUAUACGUCAUCUCUGUGUUUAAAAGUAAACAGUGGACCAUAUGUUUGUAGAAAGUAUGUUAGUAAUAAAGUAAUAAAAAGUAGCAAAAGCGUAA